AUGGACCGCAGAGAUAGCAUAAAGCGCCGAAAUACGGGGCUGUUCUCGCGCACGCUGGGCACGCUGCCCAAGUCGAUCAUGAACUCGAACAACACCGCCAUCAACUCGAAGCGACGCAAGAUCCCGCUGAUGUUCGUUCCGCCCAGCACAAAGUCACCUCUCUUUGUCUACAGUAACGACAUCGACCAGCGGUCGUUUCUGAGUCUCGGAACAGGGUCGCAGCUUGUUUCCGAGCACCAUUCCGCUGUCCACGACGACGCAGAGUCGGUCAUGAGCUCCAGGUCGCUGCCUUCGACUCUGGAGUACACUGAUGAAGAUAUAGACUCUGUGCACCAGUGGCUGGAGGAAGAGCGCGACAGACGGAGCAUGACGGAGCCGGGGUCGCCGUUUCCGAACUACGGGUCUGCCAAUGACACCGACGACCUGAUGUCGCAGGCAGACAGGCUGUUCAAAGACCACGAGAGCAAUCUCUCGUACACGGACGACAUGGGGCUGAAAGGCGAGUCUGACGAGGACUUUGCGCACGAGCACGCGACCGUGGCGUCCGAGGCGCGGAAGCUCGCGCAGUACUCGUUUCCGCUGAUCCUGACGUUUGUUUUGGAGCAGAUAUUCUCUCUUGUGUCGGUGAUAUUUGUCGGACAUCUGGGAAAACAGGAACUCGCAGCAGUCAGCAUGGCGUCCAUGACGAGCACGAUAGUUUUGGCGAUCUACGAGGGAAUAGCGACGUCGCUCGACACGCUGUGUCCGCAGGCGUACGGAGCCGGCCAGUACGCCAAGGUCGGCGUCCAUACACAGCGAUGCAGCCUGUUUUCUCUGGUUCUGUACAUUCCGGCCGCCUUUUUCUGGUGGUACAGCGGCUCGGUGCUCGGCAGGUUUAUCGACGACAGCGAGGUGGUGAGGCUUUCGCAGCAGUUUCUGCGAAUUCUGAUUUUGGGAGGUCCUGCCUAUAUUCUUUUCGAGAACGGAAAACGGUUUCUCCAGGCGCAGGAGAUUUUUGAGGCCGGAACCCUGAUUCUGUUCAUCACGUCGCCGGUCAACAUUCUGGUCAACUGGCUGCUCAUUUACUACCUCGGCUUCGGCUACGUUGGUGCCCCCAUCGCGGCCGUCAUCAACUUCUGGCUCAUGUUCAUCCUCCUGGUGCUCUACGUGAUGUUCAUCGACGGAGAAGAGUGCUGGGACGGGUUUUCCAAAGACGCCUUGUCGCAUUGGUACGAUCUGUCGCUGCUGGCUGUUCCGGGCACAGUCACGCUUCUUGCCGAGUCGCUGGCGUACGAGGUGCUCACGCUGCUGGCCUCGUACUUCGGCACAGACGCGCUGGCCACGCAGUCGGCUCUUUCCAGCCUGGUUUCGCUGCUGUACAUGGUUCCCUUUGCGUUGUCGGUGGCUUGUUCCACGAGGCUGGCCAACUUCGUCGGCGCAGGCAAUAUCGCUGCGGCCAGAAUAGCCACACGCGUGGGACUGUGUGCGUCGGUCGUUUGCGCCUCGCUGAGCUCCUGUUUUAUUCUGUUUGGACAGAAAUUCGUUGCACAUCUAUUUACGGAGGACCCGCAGGUGAUAAAGAUGAUCACGGGACUGUGUCCGCUGGUGUCCGUGUUUGUGCUGUUCGACGGCCUCGCGUGCGUCGCGAACGGACUGCUGAGAGCGCUGGCCCUCCAGGCGAUCGGCGGAGUGCUCAGUCUGCUGGGCUACUACGUGGUGGCAGUGCCGCUCGCGUUUGUGCUGGCGUUCCACCUCGACAUGGAGCUGGUCGGCCUGUGGAUCGGCAACGGCACAGGGCUGCUGCUGAUCGGCCUGGUGGAGCUGUUUGUGAUCUACCGCGUGGACUGGGCCAAGAUCGUGGAGGCCGCGAAAAAACGCAACCAGGACAAAUAG